AUGAUGAACGGCGGCCUGUACGAGGACAACCCGCCGGCACCACCACCUCCGUCGUCCGUGUCGCUGCAGCCGUCGUCGGUGGACAUCGCGCGCGCCGCGCCGGCGGCCGUCAUUAAAACGUCGCCGUCGUCCACGCCGAUUUCGUCGUCCAUCACGCCACCGCCACAGCAACAGCAGCAGCAACAGCAACCACCACCGCUGUUGCACAUACCAGCCAAGCGGUUGCAGUCUCAUUCCAUCGGCGGCGGUGGCGGCGGCGGUGGUGGUGGGUACGAGUGCAUGGACACCGCCGCCGGUUCGGCAGGCGUCAUCAGACAUUCGCACCACCAGUGGAACGCGUACUCGCCCGCCGUCGUCGACCACGCCACGUUCGACCAGUACGCCGCUCCGCCUCAUCACCACCACCACCACCACCAGCCGGCCGCGCCAACCUACUACAACCUGGCAGCGGACGCUGGCAGCGGUCACCAUCACCACCAUCACCACCACCGGGCGUCCAUGGACGGCGGUGGUGGCGGUGGCCGCAAACCACCCACUGGCCUGCCGUUCUGGUCACCCGCAGCCACAGACUAUUGUGGCGGUGGCCUCGGCGGUGGCGGUGGCGGUGGUGGCCUGGCCAGUAAAUACACCAACGGCGGCGUGACGCCGUGCAGCAGUUCCGCCGGACCUCCGUCCGCCGCCGACCACCAUCACCAGUUCUCGCAGUCCUGGUGCACCAACUACUCGCCGUACACCACCACCACGUCGUCGUCGUCGUCGUCGUCCGUGGCCGCUGCAGCCGCGGCCGCAGCCGCAGCCGCCGCCUCGGCGUCCCGGCACCCGUCCGGCGGCGGUCCGGCCGACACUCCGCAGCCGACGUACCUGCAGUCCGGCAGCCCGGGCGACGACCGAGGCGGCAACAACUCGUCUCGCAUGACGUCCGGCUCGGCCGACGGUUCUGCCGCCGGCCCGUUCGGCCACGACAACGCGUACCAGCCGCCGCCACCACCGCCUCCGACGUCGUUGCCGCUCAGGAACUACGGGAGCUCGCACGAUCCCGUCACGUCGACGCCUUACCCGCCAACAGGUUCAUUGUCGAGCAUUGGUAUGGGCGUUGGGACUAACCCGCUGGAGUGGACGGGUCAGGUGACCGUGCGCAAGAAGAGAAAACCGUACUCGAAGUUCCAAACGCUUGAGCUGGAGAAGGAGUUUCUGUUCAACGCUUAUGUGUCCAAGCAGAAGCGCUGGGAGCUGGCCAGGAACCUGGCGCUGUCCGAACGCCAGGUGAAAAUAUGGUUCCAGAACAGGCGCAUGAAGAACAAGAAGAACAGCCAGCGGCAGGCCGUGCAACAGCAGCAGCAGCAGCAGCAACAACAACAGCAGCAGUCCAACAACAACAACAACAGCAACGGCAGCGCCAACGCCAAUCACCAGCAUCACAUGCAGGUGAUCGGCGGCCACCACGGCAAUGGGCCCAUCAAACACCAUCAGUGA